AUGGAGAGAAUCAUCCAUGUCAAAGCCUUAGUAAGUAUCAGACAGAAAAUGAACUAUACUGGAAAGAAUCCGUAUUUUUGAACUUUCAGUAUUUCCUUCUCACUUUUGUUCCGCCAGAAAGAGAGCAUCAUGGCAUCCUCUGCAUGAAAGUUUUUUGGUAGAUCCUCAUCGUUUUUUUUUGCUCUUCGAAUAAGAUAUGGCGUGACAGGAACAUCUGCAAAUAGGGACGGAGGAAAUGACUUCAUGCAUUCCUGCACUACAUUAUUACGAGCGCAAGAAAUCGUGAACCUUAUCGAACGGUAGAACCAAAGAAUAUUUUUUCAGCGGUUUUUCUACUCUCCACGAUCCCUUCUUUCGCCUGUGAACAAGCAUAUAGAUUAAUAUUGCUUCCUGUAAUUUUUGCCAGAUUCUCAGAGGAAAAAAUAUUCUCAUCGCGAUCAAGAAGACAGAAGAAAUCUUUUUUUCUCGAAGCUUAUUACAAUUGCCUUGAGUGCUAUAUCCCAAGAUUGUAUACGAACCUCGCACUGACAAGACACCGCACCCCAAAAGAAAACAAAAAAAUGACUUCAUAUGAUCGUCGUGCCCUACUCAACAAAGGUGCACUAGAACUGUAUCAUGCGACUAGCGGUAGUGCUGCUCGCCAGAUCCUCGACACUGAGAAAUUCGAACCCGGCACAGACGGACUAAUCGGCGCGGGGAUUUAUUUUUCUCGCAAGGAGAAGUCUGCGGUGUUUCGCAGACGCCAUGGUGAUCGUGGUGAUGUUGUUGUCCUGACAGCGCUCGUAGAUCUCGCAUGGGUAGGCGUUUUUCCGGAGGGGACCAACGUUUCCGCAGAUAGUCUCGCUUCCCAGGGCAUUCAUGCCGCAAAAGUCUCCAAGAAAGACAUCUUCAUGGUUUUGGACAACAAGCACAUUCAUAACAUUAGAUAUGUUAAAGGAGAGCUCCCAGCGUCGUCGUCUUCCGAUGAAGACAGCAGCACGGGCUCGGAACCAUCUGCGAAGCGUCGACGCGUCGGCUAAGUAAUAUCAUCAUCUGACAUAGUAGAGGAUAGUCAAAUCACAAUGUGGAAGAAAGAAACUACCAUCGGGUAGACAAGAGGAGGACGAUGAUACCUCAUGAUCAUUGGCAUUCAACUUCUAGUGGAAAGUCGUAGUUCUACAACAGCAAGCAAACAACCGCAGUGACAGAAAUUUCAGACCAGAAUCUAGUUGUACCACCGCAUCACCGACAGCAGUAGCAACGAUCAGGUUAGCGCACAGUUAGACGGACUCCACGCGCAGAACUGGAGCAGUAGCAGUUGAUAGUAGCCAGAGAAGAAUGUAAACAAACAUCACUGCCUCAGACCAGAGACGAACGAACUAUCCCCGUCACGGAUUCGGCAAAGAAAGCGAGUCAGCACUUCCACCGGUCACAAGAGUCACAUUCGCCAGUCAAGAGGGCUUCCGCCUUAUAUGUAGAAGGUGGUCGCUCUCCGUCUUUUCGAGAGUGAGAGGCAAGUGCCUUUGAAGUGUCACCUAAAUGUUCCUGGUGUCAUCUAAUACCCCGCGGUCAGUGAAUAUUUUUUCACCUGUGAUGACUGUUGAUUCUAGGGGUAUUCACACUCGUUUUGACAUCAUUUCAGUUUGAUCCUUGCCGGUUGUGGAGUAGGUAUUUUUUCCUCACUUUGAUAGGGUAGCCAUACAUGAUAGUUUGUCAGUAACCAAUCAAUGUCUCAUGUCGCUGUAAUCAUCAGUCGUAUGUAGAUAUGCAAAGAAAUGCGUAGAUGCUCUUUUUGUGCAUGGGUUUCAGUCAUAUUCUAGAAACACCACCGGCAAAAACUAAUUACGAGUUAGUGAGUAAGUAGGUUCGGGCUUCGCAUAGAUAUUGAGCUUCACAUCAGUUUACAUAGUCGUAGUACAAGGAAGAUGGCACUUAUAGUAGAGACAAUGGAGACAGCAACAACAAGCACGUAUUAGUGCUCGUAGUAGUGCACCGUGGCAACCAGAACUAGAACAUCAGACCAAAAACUCGAAGCCAUUUGGUGGCUCAUCGAGUCGUUAGGACGCUCGAAACGUUCGAGUCGUCAGUAGAAAUGACCCGUUGGUCAUCGGCCUCCUGCUUUCGUAGUUUCACGGACUCGGAGCGGAUUGGCACACGAACGAUGUGAAGAACAAGAUGAAAGAACCACUUUUGCAUGAUUUCCUUUUCCACUUUGCUGAACGUCGAUCCUCAGGUGACACGCGGCAUGCAGUAUGCGGGAGUUUGUUUGUGGCUUUGGUUUUUGCAAAAACGCGCUAUGACGGUUGUUAAACAAUGGCACAACGACGUGGGAUAACAACAAAUAUGGAGUGGAAGUGAUGUGUGCUGCUUUGCUCAUAGUCUUCUACCGUGAAAUGUCUUGCUAUUUUGAUAAUCCAUUUCGUUCUUUCUAAGUACUUAUUCAAAUUUAGUUCCAGUUAAAAGAAUCAGUAAGUAUGUACCAAGUCAAUUUUUGUCGUGCGAUAGCAACAAAUCGCAGCAGUUUGUGACUAUUCAUUGAAUCAGGCAUCGCAAUAUUCUUCUGUGUGUCUAACGGUUUACGAGGUUUUCUUCAAAUACAGUCUGCAGUUUUUUGAAGUAGAAUACAAAACGCUGUCAACUACAUCAAUAUUGCGUUAAGUAUGUUUAACCCAGUAAAUACAGUCGUCCCCAUUCCUUGAUUUCGUGAUGGUUCACAUUCCCAACAAGUACGUCUCCGAAAACCAUUGUGAUCCGAUGAAACUUGUAGUCGUCUUUUUUCAUUUUGAACUUAUAGAUAGAAACUCAGAAACCGCUUAUGAUAAACCAAU